AUGGAUGAAGCAACGAAAGUGACUACAAAGAAAAUGUCAAAAACACAAAGAGAAGCCGAAGAGUCCAAACGCGAAUCCAGUGAUUUGCUCACAACUCUCUUAGCCAAGAGCCCAAGCCCCAAAUUUGACGAAUCUGUAAAAGUUAUGGAGCUACGCACAAACCGAAGACGCGUUGAGAAGGACUGA